UUAAAAGCCGAGUAUGUCACGUGUAACCAGUAAUUUGGCCAAUAGGAAUGCUCAAGAACCCGGAAAUAGGGAAGGGACGGCAGCAAGUUGCAGAAGAUGUUGUCACGUGCGGCCAGAGGAGGAGUAGGCCCGCCCCCUAGUAUCCCAGGCUCACGCGCACACCACCUGAGCCGGAGGUGGGGAGGCGGGGCUGGUCUAAAACACCAGCGGAAGCAGGAGUAGGAGGGCUCGCGCCGUGACUUGAGAGGCGUGGCUUACCAAGCCUGGCCAAUGAGAGCGGGAAGCGCUGGGCGCAUCUUUAGGCGCGCGAGGAGGGCUCAUGGCGGACACUGUGCUGUUCGAGUUUCUUCACACGGAGAUGGUGGCGGAGCUGUGGGCUCACGACCCCGACCCCGGUCCGGGGGGACAGAAGAUGAGCCUGUCGGUCCUGGAGGGUAUGGGGUUCCGCGUGGGCCAGGCUCUAGGCGAGAGACUGCCCCGGGAGACGCUGGCCUUCAGGGAGGAGCUGGAUGUCCUCAAGUUCUUGUGCAAAGACCUGUGGGUGGCCGUGUUCCAGAAACAGAUGGACAGCCUGCGCACCAAUCACCAGGGGACCUACGUCCUGCAAGACAACAGCUUCCCCCUCCUCCUUCCGAUGGCCUCUGGCCUGCAGUAUCUGGAGGAAGCACCCAAGUUCCUGGCCUUCACCUGCGGCCUCCUGCGUGGCGCCCUCUGUACCCUGGGCAUUGAGAGUGUGGUCACCGCCUCCGUGGCAGCCCUGCCCGUCUGUAAGUUCCAGGUGGUGAUUCCGAAAUCCUAAGCCUGCCCCGCACCCGCCGAGCUGCACUGCUGCCCCCAGUCUCACCGGCCUCAGGAGACGGCGGCUGCAUUGGGCCCCAGGCCGCUGCAUUUGGGGGUGGUGUUGGGGCUAGUGCUGGGGAUCCCAGGCCCUAGGGGUCACAUUUACUCAGGAAGUGGGUAUCAAAGCGAGGUGGGGGUGUCACAGGAGGCAAAGGGGUCCCAGUUGCGGUCAGGACUGGGGUGGGAUUCCUGCCUGCCCACUGCCCAGAGGCUGUUCAAUAAAGGCUGUGUGUGUGGAAUCUGA